AUGGGAUCCAAGGUAUCCAAGCCGGCCAGAUCAUUCAAGCCUGGGAAGGUGGUUGACGUGAAGCGCGACAUCCCGCCACAGGUAGAACAAAAUGACAAUUUUUUGAAGAAAGCAAUGUCGCUGGGCGUUGUGGAGGUGAGCGAGCAACAGUUUGUCAAAGACCACGAGUCGGUGGAUCUUUUAAAAAACCGCAAACGACAGGAGGAAGGCGUGGAUGUCAAGGCGCAAGUGGAGGGUUCUAGACGGUCGUUUGUUGGAGCAGGCAACGGAUUACUGGAUAGUGGUUUGUUGACCAAAAUGAUCAAAGAGUACAGACAUGACCCUAAAGGUUUCCGACCGGAAACGUACAACGUCAGUGACGCUACGUGGGGGAAGCUAAGCAAAGUUUUGCAAAGUGGGGCCGUUGGGUUGCCGCAGCAUGCCGUGAAGCUAAUUAGGCCGCAGAACAGUGCCCAGGAGAAAUUUGUCAUUGUGGGGGACACAGACGGACACGUCCAGGAAGUGGAGGCUGCUGCCAGAGAGUUCCAGGAUUCGCAAACUCUUAUGGGCGACAAGAGGGAAGAGAGAAAACCCAAGCCUACGGGGGAUGUGACACGGGUAUUAUAG